AUGGUCGCUACAUUUUCACCUCACCGUGAUGCUGGCGGCACGCUGCACCUACCUUCACCUACUGGAAUCCAUCAUGUGGAUGCCAGCUCGGCAAUAAGGCAACUGCGCCGCUCUUUGUCGCGCUCGCCUUCUAAGAGUUCUGACUUUCGGUUUUUGUCGCGCCCGCACUCUCAAACGACUCCAAACACACCCUUUAUUUCCUCCCCGCUCUCGCCGUCACGUCGUGGGAAUCUCUUUUUUGUCCCCGCGACUACAUCAAAUUUGUCGGCGGCUACUCCAGCACCUUCGAAACCGACAUUCUCAUUAACUACAGAUACCGCAGCUCUUCCAGCCACGCCUGUCGCGAUACCAUACCCCCCAAGCUCAAAAAUAACUCGCCCACUAAUGCGCAGGACUGGGUCUCUGCCAAACACGCGUCAACGUACCUCUCCAAAGAGUCCCUCAAAGAGGGUUUUGCAUCUUUCGAGUGAUCAAGGGAAUGCGACUGUUACACCACCUGUUGUGUCAUUAAUUGAGAACGAAAAUCUUCUCCAAGAGCCUAGUAUCAUAUCGUCUGAGAACUUUCAGCUCUUUUCGAGCAAUAUUUCCACAGACAACAACAGUAAUUUCACAUUCAAACCAAGCGCUAAUCGCAUUGAAAAGCGACGCAGUGGUAAUUUUGGGUCUCUGACCGCAGCAGUUAGCCCUCUGAAAAGAAGUGACGGGGCAAUGAGCCUCGACCACGCUGAAUUUGCAAGUCCCUCAGCAAAACGUCGCAGCCUUCAUAGCGUCAGUGGAACGCCCGAUUUCAGCAUAUUUGACGCGGCCGACAGCUUUUCAUUGUCGUCCAACGAAGCCUCAGACGCCAUGGCUCSCGAAACUGAACCACAACCCUUUACUUUUUCCAGUCUACCAGGAGGCAACUUUGCGACUAUCCCAAAACGCUCAUCAUCACUACGACGUUCGACACUUCAGCAACGCCAGGGUGAAAAAUCGCUCUUUAGUCGUUCGCGGCUAAUGAAUGUGGAUUUCCCAGACUCUCCGUCCCCUCCAAAGAGUCCAAUUUCCGCCAUGCAACAACGCUACCCUCUAGGCAGUGGCCUUUCAUCGACCCCUAGUCACGAAAAUCUAUUCACUCCACAAACACGACCUGCAUCAAGCAACCCACUAUUUGCGAAUAUUCAGCACGAUAUUCCCAGUACCACACCGCACGCGGCACAUCCUCUUUCUCGCACCAUCACACAGUCUUCUUCAAGCUCCAGUGUGGCCGAUGACUCACCGACACAUGAACCUAUUCACAAGAUUGAUCGUCCAAGGCCGAUAUUUAACUUCUCCAAAUCGCUGCCCGUGGGCGCCGCCAGACCAGAAGCUCCCCGCCAGUUCACGCGAGAAGAUUCCAACGCUUCCACAGACUCUUUUGCAACACCAGAGAAUUAUCGACAGGCGAAGCCAUAUGCUGCUGCAUUCAUGUCGACUGGGCUGAUAUCAAAGAAGAAUCGAAAUGUAGAGGACCUUCAGGGUUCAUUUGGCUCCAGCAAGAAUAUGCCAGACACCCCUUGCAAGCGAUCGUCAACUUUUUUGCCGUCUGCCCAGAAGGCGCUGCCUGUUCGACCAAUUUCGCGACCAAGACUAGCUCGCCAAACAUUCGUUGCGCCUUCCACCCCAUCACACAACGCGGUACCAGCUUCGGGCCCGUUUUCUCGGGGUAAUGGUGGCUUAAGCAAUGUCUUCAACCGACCUUACUCGUCACGGAGGGAUAGUUUUGUGAGUGUCGAUGGCGACGAUCGAUCAAUCUCUAAUUCCCCUUCGGCACGUCACAACAACCAGGGAGCGAUCGAUCUAGAUCUUCCCCCAACUCCAACCAAGCAAAUUUUCUCCACAAGUCACCUGAAUGGUACACCCCUCGGCGACCCAUCUGUCCAGUUGCAGAUCGAUGCUCUAGAAAGUACCACACCUUGCACCCCGAAAGACAACAACAUCUUUCCCCCGGACCCAAGUGGACUAUCGAUCUCGGCACCCAACGAAUCAGCAUUGAGCCUUGAUGAUCUGAAUGCAUCUACUAUAACUUUUCCGGCUACUCCCACUGCACCACGUGACUACUUUGCGCCAACUGGACAACGGAAAAGUAUGUCUCUGGGUGGUUUCAGUGCUAUGGAUGUUGACAGCAGCUUGACGACCCGUUUCGAUAAAGUUGAGCUCAUUGGUACUGGAGAGUUCUCGCAGGUUUAUCGCGUGUCCAACUCUCCCGAGAACUCCCAAUACAAAUCCAUAUUUUCCCUACCGUCCGCUGGUUCUACUUCUCCAUUAGCCUUGCCUGAUCGUGUCUGGGCUGUGAAGAAGUCCAAACAAGCAUUUGGUGGUCCUAAGGACCGUAGUCGGCGGAUGCGAGAAGUUGAAAUUUUGCGGGCUCUUGCCAAUUCGGACCACGUGAUUUCUUUCAUCGAUAACUGGGAAGAUCGAGGUCAUCUCUAUAUUCAGACUGAAUAUUGCGAGGAAGGCAGUCUGGAUAUCUUCCUUGCUCAAGUUGGACUCAAAGCCAGACUUGAUGAUUUUAGAAUCUGGAAAAUUCUUUUAGAAUUAUCACAGGGAUUGAAACACAUUCAUGAUUCCGGCUUCAUCCAUCUGGAUAUCAAGCCUGCUAACGUUUUGAUCACCUUUGAAGGUGUGCUCAAGAUAGGUGAUUUCGGCAUGGCUACGACAUGGCCUGCAGAGAAGCACAUUGAAGGUGAAGGCGACCGAGAGUAUAUGGGUCCAGAAGUUUUACUCGGAAUGUACGACAAMCCUGCCGAUAUUUUCGCUCUUGGUCUCAUCAUGUUUGAGAUUGCUGGAAACGUUGAGCUUCCCGACAAUGGAGUAUCAUGGCAGAAACUUAGGAAUGGCGACAUCAGUGACGUCCCAAGCCUGACAUGGAGCUCGGAAACAAGUAUAUUACGUGAUGCAUCGGGCAAUCCGUUGUCUGAGAGUUCCUCUUUUGACGAACUCUGCCGCUCUGAUCCCGCGUUCGAGGAUUCAGGUGUAGAUUUUUCCAGGUCUCGCAAUCCCAAGCCACAGUAUCUUUCCCGCAGCGGAGAGUUGAUCGAACCUCCCACUUUCAUGAUGGACUCAAACCACCAAGACUCCUUGGAUAGACUUGUCCGAUGGAUGAUCACCCCUGACCCAGCUAGCCGGCCGACGGCUGAUCAACUUCUGGAAGCAUAUGGAACGCAGUGGGCUAUGUCUCGCCGCCGCGCUGGAGCUACUGUAUUCGAAGGCAACUGGGGACCGGCAGAUGAUAUCCUUCAAGAGGACGCGGAGAUGAUUGAUGUUUGA